AGGAUAGUAAGGAGUCAAGGACUUUGGGCCGUCGUGGAUCCACCAUUCCACCUUCGAGAACAACUCUGGUCGUCUGUUGCCUCUUCUUUUCCCAGAGGAGAGAAAGAGCGCGCGCGAUUGUUUCAGCAUAUGGCGAUAUUGUAUGCGGUGGUUGCGAGAGGAACCACCGUGCUAUCGGAGUUCAGCGCAGUAACAGGAAACAUUGGUGCUGUUGCUCGUCGUAUUCUCGAAAAACUGCCGUCAGAAGAUGAUUCCCGUCUUUGCUUCUCGCAAGAUCGCUAUAUUUUCCAUAUUUAUAGGGCUGAUGGUCUCUCCUUCCUUUGUAUGGCCAACGACACCUUCGGCAGACGUAUCCCAUUUUCUUACUUGGAGGAGAUUCAUAUGCGGUUUAUGAAAAACUAUGGCAAAAUAGCACAGCAUGCGCCUGCUUACUCUGUAAAUGACGAAUUCUCUAGAGUACUGCAUCAGCAAAUGGAGUUUUUUUCCAGCAGCCCUUCUGCAGAUACUAUCAAUCGCGUCAGAGGAGAAGUUAACGAGAUACGGACAAUUAUGGUAGAAAAUAUUGAGAAGAUACUGGAGAGAGGAAACAGGUGUGAGCUCCUUGUAGAUAAAACUGCAACAAUGCAGGAUAGCGCUUUCCAUUUCAGGAAACAGUCCAAGCGUCUUCGUCGUGCUCUUUGGAUGAAAAAUGCCAAGUUGCUGGUUUGGCUGACAUGCUUGCUGGUUGUGCUACUGUAUACUAUAAUCGCUGCUUGUUGUGGAGGUCUUACUUUGCCAAAUUGCAGAUCUUAGUUGCUUUGCUGCCAUCAGUUCUUCAGAAGCUAUUUAUAGAGAUUUGUCUCCUCAUGUUAGUGGAGUGAUUGCACAAUCACUGGAAUUCUGCAUGUUUGGAAUGUAAUUGUGUCCGGAGAAAGGAGGAUAGAGUAUUAAUGUCUCUGAGCAUUUGUCGAAACAAAUUGGAAUACGUGAUGGGCAUUCAUAUCAGUUCGUCAAUCUUUGUGUGCUUAUUAUCCCUUAUUUGCCCGAUUUACCGAGUGAACCGAACAUCUGUGAAUAUGGUUUUAGUUUUGUAUAGUUGUGUAAAUUUCCUUAAUAAUGAUAAACAUCAUUUGCUUA